AUGGGCCCGCCUCACGAAGAGAUACUAGCCCUCAAACGACGCAGGGAACAAAACCGCCUUGCACAAAGACGUCGCCGCGAUAAUGUUAGACGACGAUUGAGAGACCUGGGCCUCGAUGCUAACAGUCCGGUCUCCCCCAGUCAAACGUCAAAAGAUCGUACAGUCACACUAAGUUCCCACCAGAACUUCAGAACAACCGAUUCGUUAUCAUUUGACAUCCCCAUUGCUGGCACCGACAUUGCGCCAUAUGAUGCCUCUUUGAAAAGUCUAAUACGGUUGGACAACCAGAUCCCACUCACUGAAGUCUCACUCCCCGGAUACGCCUCCUCUGCCUCACCAUCCUCCGUGGGCCCACUCUCGGGCUCGACAUCUCCCAGUCGGCAAACGUACGAUGACUCAACAGACCCUACUUGGCUACAGUCUUUCUAUGAUACAUCACCACUCACGAUGCGCUUUGAUGGCAGUAGCAUGCCGUCCCGUGAGGCUGAAAUCCCCAUUACCCACGAAAACAAUCUCCCUCGAUCUCCAGAUCUACCGAGUAUGAUGUGUGGCUUAAAUGAUGCAUCGGAUGACAGAGCCUGGGCGUUACCCUCGUCCACAGCCAGUGAACAGAUGAGUUCCCAAAGUCUUCCAUCAAGUCAAGUCCCACAGCAUUGCAGAACGCCAUUUCCGGGACAGGUGCGUCCGCGAUGGACUACGGCGCUACAUAUGGCAGUCUCGCGGGGCAACUUCUCGGUGAUGCGCCUUCUACUGAGCCAUGGGGCGGACCCCAACGCAGUCAACAGCGAAGGGGCUACGGCUCUCCAUGUUGGGGUCAUGAAUGGCAAUUACACUAUGGUGGCCGAGCUUCUCCAACGGGGGGCUGAUCCCACCCUCACCAAUGCGGCGGGCUGGCUUCCACUGCACCAUGCGGUCCAUGCGGGCGAUGAGGGUUGCGUACGAGUGUUGCUUGAGGCCGACCAGCCUGUGGACUAUCCAUAUCCCAUUUUUGAUUACUCUUGA